CUUCACAAAGAAGAUUUUUCAUUCGUCCAGUUUCCCAGAAAAAUUGAAAAAUUUAUCUAAUUGUUCUUAGUAUCUAAAAGUCACGAUGAGUAAAAAGCUUGAUAUAACAAAGGAAGAUUUGUAUGGGAUCCUUGAUGUGGAUGAAACAGCUACAGAAAAAGAAAUUACAAAGUCCUACAGAAAGCAAGCUUUGAAAUGCCAUCCUGACAAGAAUCCAGAUAAUCCAAAAGCAGCUGAACUGUUCCACAAACUGACUCAGGCUCUUGACAUCCUCACCGAUGCUGCUGCAAAGGCAGCCUAUGAUAAAAUACUCAAAGCCAAAAAAGCUGCAUUACUACGCCAGAAACAUUACGACUCUAAAAGAAAAAAGUUCAAAGAAGAUCUAGAGGCAAGAGAGAGGGCAGCUGGUGAACAGAAGGUAGAUUCUGCUGCUGAUGCUAGAAAACUACAGGCAGAGAUUGAGAGGUUACGUAAAGAUGGCAACAGAAUAUUACAAGAGACACAGGAACAAUUACGUAAAGAUUUAGAGGAGAAGUUGAAUAAAGCAGCUGAUGAUGGUGAUGAUGAUGAUGAUGACUGUAGCACCGUAAAAAUUAAGGCUAAGUGGAAAAUAAGGAAAGGUGAGAAUAGAGAUGAGGGCUACACUAAACAAGAGUUAGAAGACAUAUUUUCUAAGUAUGGUGAAGUGUUGAAUCUAGUUGUAUCAGUGAAGAAAUCAGGAACUGCCAUUGUAGAAUAUUCAUCGCCUUAUACAGCUGACCUUGCAGUAAGGAAUGUAAAAGGAAAGGAAGAUUUUCCACUAACAUUGUCUUGGUUGUCAGGGCAACCACCAGAAGAAAGGCUUGGUAACCAUAAUAACGAGGCAACAGAUGGGGGACAAAAAUUUGCCUCAAAUACAAGUGUUCCUACAUUCUCAACUCCAUCUCAGCCUUACCAAUUCAAUGGCCCAGCAUCUAGUGAUAAUAAAGACUUUGAAAGUGUUGUGUUAAUGAAGAUGAGACAAGCUGAAGAGAGGAAAAGAUUGAUAGAACAAAUGGAGAAAGAAGAUGAAGAAAAUGGCUGACACCUGUGAUUAUUAACCUGUGGACAUCUGAUAUAUUUUUAAAUCACUCAUUUAAACAUCUGACUCGUAUGAAGUGGUUUUCCUAUUCUCUUGCAAAUGAGAUGCUCCAUUGUAAUUGUAAAUCUAAGCUGAAUGUCCCAAGAUUUGUGAUUUCAUAUCUCAGCUGAAUGUCCCCAAGAUUUGUGAUUUUAUACCUGAGCAGAAUUUCACCAGGAUUUUUGAUUGUAUAUCUGAGUUGAAACUUGCAAGAUUUGUGAUUGAUAUCUAAGAUUUUUGUCAUCAAACUUUGUGAUUGUAUAAUCUAAGCUGAAUAUCGAGAAGAUUUGUGAUUGUAUAUUGUAGCUGAAAGUUAUGUGAUUGAUAAUAUCUAAAGUGAAUGUCACAAAGAUGAAAACUCUUCUUUUAUCCUUUAUUUUUUGUAAGUUUUAAAAAUAGAAUUCAAUUUGAAUCAAUGAAGUAUCAAAUAUUGUAUUCCUAGAAAUGUUCGCGGAUACAAUAUUUCGCGUUUUUCACAACGUCGGCAUUUUCGCGGAGACAAACUUUCGCGGAUAUGUAGUAACCGCGAAUUCCGCGAAUGUUAAGUCGCUACGGUCUAAAUUACAGCUUUUAGAGGCUACGUUUUUGAUGCAUAACCUUGCCUGUUGGGUGCUUUUAAUUAUUUUAUUUUUUUGACAAGUCGCGCCUAAAGCGCAACGUUACUCGAUUCAUUUUCAUCUAUUGACUAGUUGAACAAGGACGGUUGUUCCGUGAACACUUUCAUGUUUCCUUACCUUUUUUCAUUAUGUUAUUAAGUAAGAUUUAGUCAGACCCGUUAGCUUUUAUUCUCAUUUGAAUCCUAACUGACUUUAUCUUCAAAAUGUCGAUACUUUUUUUUACACAUUAUCGGACUGUACAUCGCUUUCAUUAUAACAACAUAACAGCUGUUUAUCAAUGUAGCACUUUAUCGCUUUUGUACUUUUAACAAAGGAUUACACCUACUCCAAGCAAAUAAAAUCCAAGUCAUUCAAUGUUCGCAAACUGUAAAUGCGUUUGUCAACGCUGUGACUAGCAAAUAACGUUAAUAAGCAUGAUAA